CAGAUAGUUACAUCCCUAGUGGGAUGAUCGAGAGAAAUUAUGUCUGUGCUUUUGAUAACAUUGAAGCUGAGAUUGAUGAGCACAUGCCUGAGAUUCAGGAUCCGGUGGCGUUAGGGGUCUUCAACAGGAUCAAGCAGAUAAUAGUACAGACGUUUCAUAAGACUCAUGUCGACGAGUUUGUAGGCCGUGAGGACAUGUCACGAUCAUUUGAGCAAAUGUACACGCGACGAUAUAGGCCACAUGAUGAUGACAAUGGAGCCGACACUUCGCAUGCUGAUGGAGCCAGUACUUCUCAGCCUCAUACACAACCAGAUAUUCGAAUAAUCGAGACUCGUCAACAGGAACGCAGGGGGGCAGGGAAGAGCGAGGGGAAGGGGAAAGAGAGGGAGAGGAAGGAGAGGGGGAAAUUUGGGUUGUAUGUGAUCUUAUUUUGUUAA